CAUUGACGGCAUGAUGAGGAUUCUGUCGACCAGGUCUCUUCUACAGACCGCUUUGCUUUUAAGUAUUUCCGAGAUUUGUAGCGGAGCAGCGGCUAUUUACGAGUCGACGGCAUGGAUGCAAGUGAGCUGGGACGCUGUUGAUGCAUCCGACACGCUGUCUGCUGAUCAGGUAUACGCGCUCGAAAACGAGGCCUCGGUCUAUUUUGCGAGUAUCGUCGACGACAAUGUUGACCAGGUUUUGUCGAUGCAAGUCAGUGUCACGGAUGAAACCCCACGCAUGAGUGGACGCGUACUCCUCGAUGCCGUCGUGACAAGCGUAUACUUGGACGAGCGUUUUCCCAUUCAAUUGGAUACUGUUUUGCUACAGAACAUGAACGAAGCCGACUUGAAAGAGGCCUUCGCUGGUGUCUUGGGGGAUAGUACGGCGGAGGCCUUAGCUCUUGAUUUUAGCUUGAGACCUUACGAAGACACUCUAGUGCUGGAAUCAGUCUAUAUAGCCGACGGACGCACUCGUGCCGAUAAGGGUCUCAUUACUGCUGUCGUUAUCUUGACCGUAAUGGUCCUUCUGGUGUCAUCCGUUCUGUUGUAUGUUACGGGAGGCUGGAAUGUGUGUUUGAUGAAAAUAAACAACUUCCUGUUCGAAGAAGUGGAAGAGGAUGAUUAUGCCAUUGAAAAGCGGGCCACUUUUCAGGUACAGUCUUACGACGAAGAUGAUGACAAUCGCAGCAGUACCCGCAGCGAAGCUCCAAGUGUCGAAUCCGGAAUGACAGCUAAUCCCACAGCUGGACCUGGAAUACUACAAACACCUAUCCGUGAACUUCAAGAUGAGCCUUUGACGCCCAUGACAGAAACUCCAACUGGGUUGCCCUUAGGUAUUCAGAGUAUACGCAAAAUGCCCCCUCCCGACAGUCCUGACGUUGACGGUGGUCUAUCUCACAUGAUACUUCAACGCGUGAUGGGUACCAAUAAGAAUGAAUCAAAAUCUAAGGUGCUGCAGCAACCUUGAACGCACGUGCGCGUCAGUGUUUUGUAAAAGACCGAUAAUUUCACUCGUAAGCGUCAUUUUUGGGUCGCAUGGGGAUUGCAGUAUUUCGGCAAACGCUUGGACACGGCAAUAGCAGUUUCAUGUUUUUCUAUA